UCCCGCGAAUUCCCCAAUUUCAAAAAAUCUCAACCUCCACCUCCGGAGAAAAGCCAGUACUAAUUAUUAAUUUUUUUCCCUUGUCAUUCAGCAACCAUGAGCUCAAUAACAACAGCAACCAAAUCCACCGGUGGCGGCCGAGGCAAGGGCAAAGGCUCCAAAUCGGUGUCCAGAUCUGAGAAGGCCGGUCUCCAGUUCCCAGUCGGUCGGAUUGCUCGAUUCCUCAAGAAAGGCCGUUAUGCCCAGCGCGUUGGCUCUGGUUCACCGGUUUACCUCUCCGCCGUUCUGGAAUACCUUGCAGCUGAGGUGCUGGAGCUUGCUGGAAAUGCUGCUAGAGAUAACAAGAGGAACAGGAUCAUACCCAGGCACAUUCAGUUGGCGGUGAGGAAUGAUGAAGAGUUGAGCAAGUUGCUUGGAGCUGUGACCAUUGCCAAUGGAGGGGUUAUGCCAAACAUUCAUCAGAAUCUGCUGCCCAAGAAGGCUGCCGGUGGGAAGGCAGAGAUCGGUUCCGUGUCCCAGGAAUUUUAGGGCUCUCUACGGCGAAGAUAUAUAGAUAGGGUAGGAGAUCAUAGAUGUUAGGAAGUAGGAUUCUGGGGAUGCUAUGAUUAAAGGUGGGAGUGAAAUAUUUUGUUAAAUAUGAAGUGAUGUAAGACCCGGCUGGUAGUAAUUGGUUUGGUUUGAUGUUCAUAUACUUUGGCUAAUGCAAUGAUAUAUAGUGGAGUAUUUGUUUUCCAGUUCUCAUUGGCACGCAAUUGUUCACGUGUAAUCUCUUUGAAUUUGUACGAAUCCCCAUCUUUUUGAUCCA